UUCAAUGUUCUGCAGUCUUUCUUGGCUAUUUUUAAGUGGGUUUAAAUUACUAAUUAUUAAUGUUUAGAUAUGUUACUAAGUUUCGAUUUCAUUUCAGAGAAGAGUGCAACAAGUUCAUAACUGUUCUUGACAAGAAUGUAGAUGCUGAACUAGAUCUCAAUCAGGUUAUCCCACAGUUUACUUUAAAUAACAUUUGUGAAACCGCUUUGGGCGUUAAACUAGACGACAUGUCGGAGGGCAAUGAGUACAGAAAGGCCAUCCAUUCCCUGGAAGAAGUAUUAAUUCAACGCGUCUGCAAUCCGCUGAUGUACUACAACUGGUACUUCUUCCUUUACGGAGACUAUAGAAAACACGAGGAGAAACUUAAGAUAGUUCACGAUUUCUCAAGUCGCAUCAUCCAAAGGAAAAGACAGCAAUUCAAGCAAAAACAACUUGGAGAAGUUGAUGAAUUUGGCAAGAAGCAGAGAUAUGCCAUGUUGGAUACUCUUCUAUCAGCCGAAGCAGAAGGUCAGAUCGAUCAUCAGGGAAUCUGCGAUGAGGUCAACACUUUUAUGUUUGAGGGAUAUGAUACCACAUCAACCUGUCUUAUCUUUACCCUUCUUAUGUUGUCGCUGAAUGAGGAUGUGCAAAAGAAAUGCUUUGAGGAGUUGGAAACUCUUCCGGAGGACAACGAUGAGAUCAGUGUUUUUCAGUUCAAUGAACUGGUCUACUUAGAGUGUGUGAUCAAAGAAUCCCUAAGGAUGUUUCCUUCGGUUCCAUUCAUUGGACGCCAAUGUGUUGAGGAGAGUGUGGUAAAUGGAAUGGUAAUGCCUAAGGAAACCCAGAUUAGCAUCCACAUUUAUGACAUAAUGAGAGAUCCCCGUCACUUCCCGAAACCUGAUCAGUUCCAACCAGAAAGAUUCUUGCCAGAGAACACUGUUAACCGACAUCCCUUCGCCUUUCGUCCAUUCAGUGCAGGUCAAAGGAACUGCAUAGGUCAGAAGUUCGCCAUCCUGGAGAUGAAGGUACUUCUAGCCUCGGUUAUCAGGAACUUUAAGUUACUGCCCGCCACUCAGUUGGAAGAUCUUACUUUUGAGAACGGAAUCGUCCUACGGACACAGCAGCAUGUCAAAGUGAAGUUGGCGAAAAGGGUUAAAUAUAAAAGUUCAUGGGAAAAAUUCAGCCUAGAAAUGUUUGUGGAAAUCCUGAUUACUGUUCCCUUGGCUAUUCUUAUAUUCCGGAAGCUGUUUAUGCAACUAAAUCAAAAUUACUUCAUCCUAAGUCUCUGCAAGCGAAUUCGCACAGAAAAUGGAAGUCCACUGGAGGACAAAAUCUACGUAACGCCGACUAAAACCAGAUUUGGAAACAACUUUGACUUGGUGAAUUUUACACCGGAAAGUAUCUUCAACUUCAUGAGGGAGGCAUCUGCUGAGGCCAAAGGUAGAAACUAUCUAUGGUAUUUCUUCCGUUCUCCCAUGUAUAAUGUGGUAAGAGCCGAAGAAGCCGAGGAAAUCUUUCAAAGUCCCAAGCUAAUCACAAAGAAUAUAAUCUACGAACUUUUAAAGCCAUUUUUGGGAGAAGGACUGCUGACUAGCACAGACCAGAAAUGGCAUGCCAGAAGAAAAGCCCUGACUCCCGCUUUCCAUUUCAAUGUCUUACAAUCUUUUCUGACUAUAUUCAAGGAAGAGUGCAAUAAACUCGUGAAAGUCUUUCACCAAAGUGUUGAUAAGGAACUGGAGCUCAAUCAAGUCAUUCCCCAGUUCACUUUGAACAAUGUUUGUGAGACCGCGCUUGGGGUGAAGUUGGAUGAUAUAACAGGUGGUAUCCGAUAUCGAAGGUCAAUUCAUGCCAUAGAAGAGGUCAUGCAGCAGCGAUUAUGCAAUCCCUUCUUCUACAACAUAGUAUAUUUCUUUCUAUUUGGGGACUACCGAAAGCAGGUGGAUAACUUAAAAAUAGCUCAUGAUUUCUCCAGCAACAUCAUAGAGAAAAGGAGAAGUCUCUUUAAGAGCAAACAGCUUGGCCAGGUGGAUGAGUUUGGCCAGAAGCAGCGAUAUGCCAUGUUGGAUACUCUCCUAGCAGCCGAAGCCGAAGGUCAAAUUGAUCAUCAGGGAAUCUGCGAUGAAGUCAACACUUUCAUGUUUGAAGGAUAUGAUACCACUUCAACCUGUUUAAUCUUCACCCUGCUCAUGCUGGCCCUGCAUGAGGAUGUGCAACAGCGAUGUUACGAAGAGUUGGGACAUCUUCCGGAGGACAGCGAUGAAAUAAGUCUGUUCCAGUUCAACGAACUCUUCUAUUUGGAGUGUGUUAUUAAGGAAUCUUUACGCAUGUUUCCAUCAGUCCCCUUCAUUGGACGGAAAUGCGUGGAGGAAAGUGUGGUAAAUGGCCUAAUCAUGCCCAAGGAUGCCCAAAUCAAUAUUCACAUCUAUGAAAUCAUGAGGGAUCCGCGGCACUUUCCGAAUCCUGAAAUAUAUGACCCAGACCGAUUCCUGCCAGAGAACACUGUUGACCGACAUCCCUUCGCCUUUGUUCCCUUUAGUGCAGGCCAAAGGAACUGCAUAGGUCAGAAGUUCGCCAUCCUGGAGAUGAAGGUCCUUUUGUCAUCGGUUAUUAGGAACUUUAAGGUACUCCCUGCUACUCGAUUGCAGGAUCUGGUUUUUGAGAAUGGAAUUGUCCUACGCACACAGCAGAGUAUCAAAGUGAAGUUGGCGAAAAGGGUUAAGUAAUACUGAAUAACGUUGGAGAAAACUGUCUGCCAAAGAUGUUUAAUUUUGUAAAAUUGAAUCUGAAUAAAGUCGACUAAUCACUUAUAAAAUUAA